AUGGCGAGCCCCGAGAAGGUCGCUGAGCUGGCGGCGCGACUGCGUAGUCUCGCUGAUAGCAUAUCGACCCACGAAGAUCCUGGCGAAAGGUCUAAGACGUCGCUCCAAGAGGCUGCGGUGGAGUUGGAACAGACUGUCACCAAGUUCCACUCACGCGGCGAUGCUCACGUACUGGUGCUGAUUGAUGCGCAUAGUCAUCCGUUCUGUAACGACGUCUACCACGAAUCCUCCGAGCACAUCUACUCCGAGUUCGAAAGAGUCAAGCCAUUCAAAAUCAGGAGUCGUCUUCACAAAGCGAUUAAGAAUUACUUGAUCGGGAUAUCCGCAGUUGCAGCCCUCGGGGCGUCUCGACUGGUUGUGCGCCUAUAUGCCGACUCGGCCAAGUUAGAGAAUGAUCUACUUCGCCCGCUUCAGCAAUUUGCUGUUCAAUUCUCCUCGAUUGACGCCGACUUCGACUUCAUCGGCGUUCAAGACGAAACUACGGUAGAGCUCAAAGUCUCUAGUGAGUGA